AUUCACAAAGUCAAGUCUGGGAGCAAACGAUUAAUCAUCCCGGCCGCCGGGUGAGGUCUUGGCGGUCUUAUAAAUUACAGGAAAAAACAUACUAGGCAGUAAUAUAAAUUAAGCAGUGGUUCAAGCUUAGUAGCACGCACUAGCUAGGACAGACAGUCGAAGCACCAACCAAUUCAGCUUGCAUUGCAUUGAAGCUCUCAUGGCUCAGCCAACGCAGCCAACGGAGGAGCCAAUGCCGUCCAAAAAGCCGGAGGAGGAGCCGCAGUCGAAGUCGUGGGAGUACAGGCUGCGCAAGUACCUGCUGCUGCUGGCCACCGUGGUGGCAACGAUGACAUACUCCGCGGCGUUCAGCCCGCCGGGGGGGGGGGGGGGGCUGUGGCAGCAGACUGACGCCGCCGGCCACCUCGCCGGCGACCCCAUCCUCCGGGACACCCACCGCCGGCGGUACCUGGUGUUCUUCUACUGCAACGCCACGGCGUUCGCGUCGUCGCUGGUGGUCAUCAUCCUCAUCCUCCUCCUGUCCGCCCUGCACGGGGACAAAAACGACAUGAGUUACACCCUCGGGCCCCUGCGCGUGGUCAUGGUGCUGGACCUGCUCAGCCUCCUGAGCGCCUACGCCACCGGCACGUGCCGGGACCCGAUCAUCACCGUGUACAGCUCGCUGGCCGUCGUCGCCGUCUUCAUCUACCUCGUGGUCCAGCUGUGGACGGCGGCAGUGGCGGAGGCAGAGGCAGCGGCGGAGGCGGCAGUGAAGGCGAAGGCGGCGGCUGCUGUGGCUCCGAUGCCAGAGGUGGGGGUGGUAGUGGAGGCGGCGGCGGUGGCGCCAGAGGUGGAGGUGGUAGUGGCGGUGGCUGCGGCACCGGUGCUGGUGCCGGCUGUGGCACCAAAGGUGGAGUCGGUAGAGACGGUGGCGGCUGCACCGGCGCCAGCACCGCGAGAUGAGGAGAAGAAGUACGAGCGACCACGCAAGGUCCUGAUGCUGCUGGCGACGUUCGCGAUCAGCGUGACGUACGUGUCCGGGCUGACCACGCCCGGCGGGUUCUGGGACGGCAGUCAGGCGGGGCGCCGCGCCGGCGACGCCAUCCUGGAGGACUACAACCGCGGCCGCCUGGUGACCUUCUUCAUCGGCAACACGACGGCGUUCGUGGCGUCCCUGGGCAUCAUCCAGCACCUCCUGGCCAGGAGGCUGCGCGGCAAGGACAGCAAAGUGUGGCCCGUGGAGCUCCGCGGGUGCAUCGUCGUCGCGCUUGUCGGCCUCGUCGUGGCGUACGCCGCCGGCAGCUGCAGGGACGUCGAGACCACGGCCUACGUGGUCGUCCUCGUCGCCCUUGUGCCGGGAUACAUGGGGUUCCACGCGGCCUUCGCUGGAGAUGUUGUCAAAUCCAAGCUCUGGAAAUGCCUCAGAAUGCUGAUCAGCACCUACUCCAAGCACAGCGAGCCUCAGCAGGAGGAAACUGCCGGCGAGGACAAGGAGGAAGCUGCCAAGAAGAAGCAAUCUAUGGACAAGGCUCGGUCCCUGGUUCUGCUGCUGGGCACCCUGGCAGCGAGCGUCACCUACCAGGCGGGGCUGCACCCACCAGGUGGCGUCUGGCAGGACGACGGCAACGGCCACCUCGCCGGCGACCCCAUACUCCUGACCACCAGGGCCCGGCGGUACAAGGCCUUCAACUACUGCAACUCCACCGCCUUCGUGGCCUCCCUGGCCGCCGUCGUGCUGGUCCAGCGGCAGUUCGCGCUCCGGCACCACACGCUGGAGGUCGCCAUGAUCCUCGACCUCUUCUGCCUCAUCGGCGCGUACGCCGCCGGGAGCUGCCAGAACGUUAGCAACGCCAUCUUCGUCGUGGCGCUGGGCGCCGGCAUCGUGAUCUACGUGGUCAUCCACGUGGCCUUCUUCACGCUCGAACACAAGGACGACACGAAAGUUGACCGUGUUCGCCAGCUGGAUAAGAGGCGCAAGCGGCUGCUCAUGUUCGCCAUCCUGGCCGCGACCAUCAGCUACCAGGCCGGGCUGACCCCGCCGGGCGGCUUCUGGCCCGCCGACGACGCGCGGCUCGGCCACCGCGCCGGCAAGCCGGUGCUGCUCUCCAACUACCCGCGCCGCUACAGCGCCUUCUUCUACAGCAACUCGCUGAGCUUCAUGUCGGCCGUCGCGCACAUCGUCCUCCUCGUCAACCCCAACCUGUACCGGCCGGCGAUACGGAGCGGCGCGCUGUCGGUAAGCACGGCGGCGGGUAUGCUGGGCCUCAUGGCCGCCUACGCCGCCGGGAGCACGCAGCACCUGAGGACGUCCAUCUACGUGUUCGUGCUGGCGUGCAUAGUCUUCGUGUGUCUAGCUGUGCUGCUCGUCCUAGGGAAGAACAAGGCCACGCCCAGUGUCAAAGAAGAGAAGAAGGAGGAGGAGGAGGAGGAGGAGGAAAAGAAGAAGGAGAAGGAGGAGGAGGAGGAGGAGAAGGAGAAGGAGAAGCACGGCAAGUCCAAGUACCUGAUGCUGCUGGGCAUCCUGAUGGCGAGCGUCACCUACGCGGCGGGGCUGGACCCGCCGGGUGGCGUGUGGCAGGCCGACGGCGACGGGCACACCGCGGGCGACCCGGUGCUGCGCACCAACCGGAGGCUCCGGUACAUCUUCUUCUUCCUCUGCAACUCCACCUCCUUCGUGGCGUCCGUCGUCGCCGUCGUGCUGCUGCUGUCGGAGCGGCUGGUAAACCCGAAAAGCCAACACCCCAUCCAGGUGUGCCACAUGCUGCCCGCCUGUCCCGCAUGCACCGAGAAGGAGGAAGAGAGGAAGAGGAAACAGAAGGGAGAGAGAGGCUGGUUCCUCACGGCGACCAACAUCGCCAUCGUGGUGAACCUCCUAGGCCUCCUGGGAGCGCAAGCCGCCGGCUCCGGCAGGGGCGGCUGGAGGACGUCGGGGUACGUCGUCGUGCUCGCCGCGCUGGGCUUCGUCGCCGUCCACGCGCUCAUGUCGUGCUACGACACCGCCAGUAAACUGCUGACGACGCACAGCAGCAAUCACGAGGGGCCAGUUGCAGGCGCCAACAGCAAUGAGCAGCGCCCAGCUGUACUCCCUCCAUCCCAAAAUAAACGCGCAUCUCACUUCUCAAGGAGCCAAACAUUUUGAAGCUUUUUCAAUUGUUUACACAAGUUGAUUGUAUUUGUUUUGUUGAUUGAACCUUGGUCUUGUUAUUCAUCUCUACUCAGUCUUUUUUUAACGGACGACAAAAGCUUUGCCGAAAUUUUAUUAGGCGGAAUAAAAAAAGAAAAAAAGAACAAAGGACAAUUACAAGGCGGUAAGUGCAUCUAGGCCCAUAAUAGAUUUUGGUGAAUUGAAUAAUAACAUAAUUAAAGGACUAACGCUUUAAUUGAGAUAUCAUGAGCAAGAAUUUAUUUGCAUAUCAAUUUGUGUAUCGACUCAUGUAUCAAGGAAUCAAAUAAAAGAGAGCCUAUUAGACAAAAUCAA